AUGCUCAACCGCAAUAUACAGCGCCGAUGGCGUAUAGUUAUUUAUCUCCGCGACAGAGACUGUCUAGGCUGUACCGAGGACGGAGUUAUGGAUCACAGUAUUAUGGGUAUGGGUAUGGAAAUAUGGAUGAUGGGUGUUGUGGAUGUUGUGGAGAUGAUAGAUACAAUGCGUAUGGGUAUCAGAGGGAUGAUGGGUGUUGUGGGUCUGGUUGUUGUGGAACUGGGGCGAGUUAUUAUGGACGACGACACAGACAUAGGCAUCGAGAUGAUGGAUGUUGCUGACGUCGCUCUGCUCUGCUUUGUUUCUGGAGUUUCGUAUGGGUUCUCUGGAUUCUCUGUUGGAUUUCCUACCUCUUUGUUGACCAUUUGCAUUUACAUCCCUGCUUCCGACCAAUUCAUCCAUCAAUCUUGA